AUGGUGCGGAAUUACCAAAGGAUAAGGUCAAAAGCUGGCUCCUACAGUCGGGAGGAACUUUCUGCUGCUUUAGAAGCGAUACGUUCAGGUACCCUUACCUGUAAAGAUGCGAGCCGGCAUUUCAAAAUACCGCGGGCAACAUUACAGGAUCAUCUGAAAGGUCGGCGUGGAGUGAAGUCCAAAACGAUGGACCGGCCACCUGCAAUAUCUGUUGCAAUAGAACUAAUUCCUGAAGAUAACUACGAUCCUUUGGCCUUGAGAAGAUGGAAAGAAGCCGGAACACAGACGAACUCAGCGCCUGCACCAGAUAAUGAAAACUCUGAUCAAAUUAGAAAUUUAAACAUAUCUUCGCAAUCUGCAACUCUACAACCUCAGCCAAGUGUUUCUUAUAAUACUCCAUCAACAUCAAGCCAUAUCACGUCAUUUGAGGAACUGCUUCUUGACACAAUUAAGUGUCAUUCAUCAGCAAGCCUAAGCAAAAGGCGCAAAAAAUUGCAAUGUUGGACUAUCAGAAAUUCCAAGCCCUCUAAUAAAAGUUUUCACUCCAAACAAAAUAUUGUAACUGUCAAUGAGUUUAGUCGAGAAAACUUUAACAAUGCGUAUUUUAGUAUUUAUGCCAUUAAUCAGUCGGACCCCAAAGGGUCCCCUAUAUUUAGACACCAGAGGGCGGCGCUAUCGAACGGGCAGAGCGAAACUCCGGAGCGCAGGAAUAAUUCUUCCGGGUAUCCAGAAUUGAUGCCCGUUUUUAUCAUGGAAUAUGAAAAUGAAAAUUUUUGGGCGAACUUUUCCUACGCUUACUACUACAACUUUUCCGAAUGUUUCAAUGAAACAAUGGAAGUGUGCCGCUUGGGACCACAAAGAGAUCCGCUAUCGACAGUCAUUCCAAUGACUGUCGUCUACGCUGCCAUCCUCAUGACCGGAGUCAUCGGCAACGUCUGCACCUGCAUAGUCAUUGCAAGGAAGGGCUACAUGCAUACAGCCACCAACUACUACCUAUUCAGCUUGGCUAUUUCCGACCUUCUUCUUCUGGUCUUAGGCCUGCCAACGGAACUUUACCAGCUCUGGUACAGGUAUCCGUACAUCUUUGGUGAGCCCUUCUGCAUCUUGAGAGGACUUACGUCCGAGAUGUCUACCAAUGCGUCUAUACUCACCAUCACUGCGUUUACUGUUGAGAGGUACAUUGCUAUCUGUCACCCCCUUCGAGUCAAGACUAAGGCUAAUCUUCCUCGAGCGGUGAAAACCAUUUUGGGAAUUUGGUUGAUUGCUGGUUUGUGUGCUCUACCCACGGCUUUGCAGUUCGGCAUCAAGUACGAGGUCGAUGAUGAAGGCAGGACUUUGUGGAAAACUGCUCUGUGUAGGGUGAAGAAGCCGCUACCUCACAUAUUCGAGAUUUCAACUUGUCUGUUCUUCGUUUUCCCAAUAAUCUUGAUCUCUGUGCUCUACAUUCUCAUCGGUAUUCGACUCAGGCAAGGAAGCAAUGGCAAGCAUGGAGACAAUUUGAACGAAGGAAAUUCCUCAGCCACCAGACAGAAGAUGAAUUCAAGGAAAGCGGUAGUGAAAAUGUUAGUGGCUGUGGUCAUUUCUUUCUGUAUAUGCUGGUCCCCCUUCCACGCUCAGCGUCUCCUGGCCAUCUACGUUGAGGAAGUGACGCCCACUCUACUAGUGACAUUUACCGUUCUGACGUACAUCUCGGGCGUCACAUACUACUUGAGCGCCACCAUCAAUCCAAUCUUGUACCAAGUUCUGUCCGUGAAGUUCCGGCAGGCAUUCAUGGAUACCUUCGGCGGGUGCUGCCGAGAACGAGUCCAACACGACAGGGAGAUGUCCGCGUUCCAGUGCGAGAAUUCUCGAUACAGGGUCAGUUGCAACCACGAAAAGGACUCAACAGCUUUAAGUUGGGUAUCUGAACACAACAAUCAUCGUCGAAUGUAA